ACUAAAUAAGACAAAAUGUAUAACAACGAAGACAUGAAGAUAGCAUAUAAUUAUUGCUAGGAGCUAAAAGGCUCUGAACUUUAAUCCUCAAAUUUCAAUGCUAAAUUACAGACUAGUGUCAACGCAUUUUCUGAAACAGCCGUAACUUUUCUUCUGACGAUAAAAUAUUUAUAGACUGUUUGUGUCGUACCAAUAUGUGCCGGGAUCGAGAUAUGCCGGUGCAAAGGAGCGACAUCAUCAAAUAAAUAUUUAUACGCAUCGUCGAGGAGCCUAGUGUAGUGUACAGUUUUCCGGCAAAACGGCGCGCGAAUUAGACGUACCGUUUCGUUUUGUUUCUUUCAUUUUGUUUUACAUCAAAGGAUAAGCAAUAGCCCUGUUAUUUGUUGUUUUUUUGUGGAUAAUCUGAAAGGGUCUCGGCCGGACUCGGGACCCAACGCUACCCUGGCCAGUCGGAGCCGGCACAACAUUUCCAGGAUAUUCGACUCUAUUGUGGGCGCUGCGAGAUAUUGCAUUAAACACGUUACGGCCGAUCGCUUUUGGAAAUUUGGGAAUUUAAUUUCGAGUUAAGGUUUAAAAUCUGAAGCGAACAUGGUUCUAUUGGAAAUUCAUCAGGGUUACGGGCACGAUUCCGAGUGCUCGAGCGAACAUCGGGUUGUAAUAUCUGGGCUCGGGUGGCGUGCGCAGUGCUGCGAGCGUAACGAGGGUGAGAAGGAGAAGAAAGAUAUGGCGGCACCGGAGUGCGAACGAGAGGCGCGCAAGCGACGUGAGCGUCGAGACUCCGGUUGCGCACACGAGCGAAAAGAGCGCAGACCACACAGUGAGGAGCGGACGCCACCACCUCCACCACCUCCUCCACUACAUGAUCAUAAUCGGCUUGAGUCGGAACGUCGAGCGGAACGCCUCUCCCGCGCUCGUCGUCCUCAGCAUGGCGGUAAGCGGCGCCGAGCACCAACACGCUUGCCACGACAACCCAAAGAAAACGACUACGUCGUGUCACACACAGAAGAAAUAAGAAGUGGCACACCACCAAAUUUCGAAUACGUGGUGCAGCAGAAACCAGAACUGUGUGACAGCGAGCAUUCCUACGUGGUGGCAGGAGACGUAGUGGAACAUACGCGACGUGACGAGCGGAGUGAACCGCCGCGUCGCGCUCCGCCUAGCCCUGAUCGACGGGUCGAAAAGAUCAGCAAGAAGAUCAAUAGUCUGAAGAAAAACAUCGCUAAAUAUGAAAAUGACUUUGAAACUCAAAACGGUCACACAAUUACCCAAAGCGAUCGUAUGACUGAUGUCCAACUAACUCGUAUGUACGAAACGUUACGACACUUGCAAUCAGAAAAGCGCUGUAUUAAAGCGGAUCCAGUGGAGUACGAGCUGAAAGUUCAAGCUGCAAAAUUACAGAAAGAAAGAGACGACAAGCUGGAUGCCGCGCUCAAUAGCGAUAAGCCGAUGGCCGAAGUCGUUCGAGAUAUCGAAGAGUGGGUGGAGUUCUGUCGCAAGGCCGGCGGGCGAGCGAGCGUGCCGGAGGCGAGCUGGUCGGCGGCGCAGCUGGCGGCGGAGAAGGCGUGCGUGCAGCGCGCGCUGCUGCGGCUCGAGGCGGCGCGCGGCCGCCCGCCCGCGCACUCGGCCGAGCGCGGCGCCGCGCGACACCUGUACGAGCGGUACCGCGCCGUCAAGCGGGCGCUGGCCACCUUCCGCCCCGAUGCUAUAAUCUGCGGAACGAACGGCGAGUUGGCCACCAUACACGAACACGAGACCAUGCUCUUCAACACGAGCGUCGAUAGUUCGAGCGACUCCCAGGAGAAGCAGUCCGAUCCUUCGCAGGAAACUGUAGAGACGCCUCUCCAAUCUCCACCGACUCGUGAGGGUGCCGAGGAGAUGCCGUCCUCGACAUCGUCGGCCAAAUCUGCCACCACUAGUGAAGAGGCGCCUCCAUCCAAUGAAGGCUUACAUUGCCUUGGAUUAGAAGAUCUAGUUAGAGCGCUUGGUGAAGCUAAACUACAAAAGCUAGUACUUCGUCGCAGCAUCAAAGAAUAUGAAGUUAAUUUUGAACUUCAAAACAGCAGGAAAGUUCAAACGGAUGACAAGAAAAUACGCGAAGAGGAAUACCAACGGUACAAAGCUGUUAAAGCAAGAAUAAAGCUUAUCAACGCGCUUAUAAAUAAACAGAAAACAUUGAAUAAAUCUUAAUUACUAUUUCACUAGUACGUAAAAACGCUUUAUACCUUUUUUUAAAUAUGUUUUACAACAGUUUCGGAUAUAUUGGAGUAUUGUGUCAUCCUGUUAAAAGUUAAUGAUCGAGUCACUUUUUCUAAGGUACAAGGUUAAAAAGUUGUAUAUACUCGCAUGAACACUCGUGACAAAAAAAGUAAUAAUUUCAGCAUCUAUUUAAACCUCAAGUUAAAGAGGAUGCCAGUUCUUACGCUUUAACUCUUGUAAAAAUAAUUUACAUUGUAGGUACACGUAGGAGGUACAUUAUGGUUACAGGUAUAUAUAUUAUGGUACAUCUUAACUUUUCAAUUUAUGCGAUACAUGACUUUUUGUGUAAUAUUAUUAACAGUUCGUGUAAUUAGAAAUUUAUUCUUAGUAAGAAUGGAUGCUUCUGAUUGAUGGAUUGCGAACAAACAGUUCAACUCUGAAUGUUUGAGAAUAAAUAUUGUGCUUUCGUUGUUUUUUUGUAAUAGAUUGUACUAAUCACGUUGGAAGUUUUUCCCAGUGCCAAAAGUUCAACAAUCAAUUAAUAAUUUAUUAGUCUAAUUUAUAAAAUAGAAACAUGUUCGUUACAGAAAACAACAUCUUCAUGUACAUAAAUAAAAUUUGAGACAUUAUAAUAUCUAAAAAAAUGAAACAGUUAAAUGUUCUAAGUUUUAAAAUACUUUGUAAAAUCUUAUUAAUCGUAUGUGAAUUAAUCAUACAUUCAUCAGAUAAUUCAAAGAUUACAGACAAAACAGGUGUAGCCUACUAAAGUAUAACGAAUAAACAAAAUUUAGAAUUAGCGUAACUGGUGAUAUUAUUUUCUUUUAAAGUUGCUGUAAUCAGCUUUGUCUAUGAAUUAAUCUAUUUCGGCUUGAAUUUUUUAUAUACUAAUAGUAAAAAUCGCUAAAUUGAUUGACGUGACGAAUUAAAUAGUUAUCAAACAUUGUAAAUAAUUCAUAUAGAUUCCAUUUAAAAUGAAUUUGAAUAUAUUGAUACAAGUUUUAUUAAUAGUGAGGUCCAGUGUGUGAUCCUAUGUUCGUCACACGCUAAUAAUAUUAUUCUAACGCUGAAUAUUACUUUACAGGGGUAAUGUAAAUAAGCGCGUCGUAUUUAAAAGCACUACGUAAGACAAAAGUUUCUCGCGGGUUAUGACCCCUUACAGCCAGGUGGUCCAUUUGCCUUCCUGCUGUCAAUAAGAACGUCUUGAUGAUAGAUCUUGUACGUAUUUUCAUGAAUCCUUGUAUUGCAAUGUUAGCUUUUUACAGAGUGUAUAUAAUAAUUUACGUAUUAAAAGCGGUAUACAUUAUUAUUUAUUGUACAACUUACAAUUGUAUAUACAUAUAGUAAAAUAUCCUUGGAUCUUCGAUCACUAAUGAGAACUGUUCUUAUUAGUGAUCGAAGCCUUGUAUGUAUAAAGUUAUGCCUAAUUACUGCUAACAAAUUAAUUUAAAUAAAAAAAAAAUCUCCAAUAGUCGAUUUUUUAACGAUACGAUAACAAUUGCAAAGUGUAUAUUUAACCAUUAUACAUCAUAAGGCAAUUUAUUAAUAACUUUGUACCUAAUUUUUGGUAACCUCAAGAGAAAAACUAAAAUGUUUGAAUAUAAACUGUUAUCACGUCACUUUUAUCUAAAAAAAGAUUUUUAUAUUAGUGUUUAAGAAUCGCUUGUCACUUAAAGCGAAAAUCCGUCGCCGACUUACAGACUUGUAGGUACUCGUAAAAUGUUUGUCUUGUAUAUUGUUAGUUCGUUGGGUGGAUUAAUUAAUAUACAGACAAAAUUCUAUAAAGAAGCUUUUGAGAAAUCGUAAUCUUAACCACAUAUUGUAGACUAAUUAUGAUCUAAUAUUGGCGUAAGUCUGCCGAAGAAAAUUCAUAUUAAUUAUCGUUGAGAGUGCGCACAUUUAUGUAAAAUUUAACAAAUGAAAAUGUAUACAGACAAAAACUAAAUGUACGAUAAAAUGUUCAAUGUGCGGUGAGCACAAUUUGUGGUAUAAUAAUAUACAUGUACAAGAAAUUACAUGUUCUCUUGCUCGAUAAUACGAAUGAAUUCAUAUUAUAUAUUAUUCGUCACAUACGAAUAAAUUUGUGAAAUUAUUCGGAUUCAUGUAAGAGAUAUUUAUUAUUGUUAUAAGAACAUUGAGUCGUUUCAAAUCAAUUUGCUAACCAUUAAAAGUGUUACAAUGUUUUCUAAUAAUCAAAUAAGCACUAAAUGCAAUGAAUGCAGAUGAUGUUUAAUUGUAAGGCUAAAUGGUAAUUUAAUGGCUUUACUUUUAAAUAAAAUAUUCUAAGAAAUUUAUACACUUCGAAUAUCUUUCAGACUUACUUUUCAUAUUUUUCAAAAUCAUCAUUAACUUUAACAAUUCACAUCAUAAUGAGUUCAACAUAUUGGAACUUUCAUAUUAUGUUUGAAUCAUUUUGGCUCAUUAAUAUUAUUUAAAUGUUUGUUUAGAUCUUAGUUAUCAAAUCUAAUUGGUGUGGACACCCAUGUUGUAUUUCAUACACAUACUUAUAAGGAUCUGUCCCGAAAACGUCGUGUACCUUUCUAAAUUAAGAUUUCUUAUUCGUAGUACUCAUUAUGUUAUUUCUAAUGUUUCUAAUUUUAUUUAUAUUUAAUAAAACUUUUAUUUUUCUCUGAAAGAGAAAGUAAAUUUUAAAUAUUUCUAGUAAUAAGUGAUUACCUGUGAUUUAUAUUAUCGUAAUGAAUCUUGUGCGACAAGACUUUGUUUUUUAUUGAUGUUGUAGUGAGAUUUACUUACUUUAAAAUAUUAAUUUGUUUGAUUAUUAAAUAUAUUUUCAUUGAAUAAACUAUUUAACUAAAAAGACUUUUUGUCUUAACAUCAUGUUUGUGGUUGGUCAAAAUGAUAAUUAGUCUAUUCUCGUGUUAGGUUGAUCUCCAUUUGAAUAAUUUGCUUAAAAUAUUUUUGUUACAUUUAUAUAAAAAUACUUUUAUGUAGAAUACGAUCUAUUUACUAGUAAUAAAUAAAGAUAUAAAUAAUUUUUUUCAUCGCCUGGAAUUGUGAAAUCGACGAAAAGGAUAAAGGUAGGUACUUACCAUGAAAGUGAAUUUCGAGAAAAACGUUUUGUAACGUCUCGAUUUUUAUUCCGCUCGCUGGUAUUAACUGAACAUAAGCAAUUAUUGUAUUAAGAAUAACAAUAGUGUAAAGCAAAACAACGUAUUAGCUUGCUUAAUUUGCGUAGAUAUAUGUCUUAGAGUAAAAAAAUCUUCUGAGCAUAUUAUUUUUACACUUUAUUAUUAACAUUUAGACUAAGGAAAUCAACAACUUAACUAGCGGGUGGUGAUAAUAAUCGUUUCGUAUACGCAUCUUCCAAUUUGGUCCAGACAUUUUAUAUUAUAAGACAAAGAAAAAUCAACUGUUCGGGUAAUGAUCGUUGUAAAGUUGAACAUAAUUAUUGUAAAAUUAUGUACUUAAUAUUUAUUGCAAUAUAGUAUAUACAAUGGCAUGUAGCGUUCCAUCAAUUUUAUUAUUGGAUGUUCAAAAUAAAACAUUACA